AUGCAAAGCACAAUAACUACGAUGACAGAUAACUCACAAGACAACAAAAUCGAGAUUAUCAAGUAUGACUCUUCAGUCUAUACUCAACUACAUAGAUAUCCAACUAUAUCUAAGUUCCUAACGAAGUUCCAAUCUACUCCAUUAAUUUCCAAAGCUUCCAGUGUCUUGGGUAGUAUGGAAUCUAAAAUGGAUGCAUCAGCGCCUCCUGUAAUUAAAAAGGGGAUCAAUAAAGUAUUAAUGUUUUUGAUGUCCAUCGAUCAAUUAAUCAACUUACUAGUCUUUAGAGAAGGUAUCGAUUCCUUUUUAAAGACUUAUAAGAAUCAUUCCAACCAUGUAGGUGUAUGGAUUCUUUGGUUCAUCGUGGAUUAUUUUGCUAAUAUUUCAAACAUUAUAUUACAUGAAUUUGUGAUUAAACCUUUACAUUUAAACAUCUCCAAGAAAAACAAUGAAACUCCAGAAGAAUCAAUUAAAAAUAUAACUGGUAAAUCUGACGGAAAAAAAACUAUUGCUUCUUUACCACAUUUAGCAGAAUUAUCUAACACUACGAGAUCGUUAAGAGAAGAUUUACAAUCCAGAGUCACUAACUCAAAUUAUAUUACCCAAACCAAGGACAAGGCUUAUGAAAAAUUGGAUUCUAUUAUGAAACCGACUUAUGAUUCUGCUAAAGAAACCUAUAAGACCGUUUCAGACUCUUAUGAAUCUAAUUUACAUAAAUCUGACAGCGUUCCAAGAGCUAUUGUAUCGACAGGCGUGGAAAUUGGUAGCUUGACUUUAGAUAAAUUAAAAUCUGUAUCUACUACUAAGACUAUCCCAACAACAGCAAGUAGUACCGAGAGUACAGCAACUGACGACGCCAAUACCACUUUCACUGAGUCCACGCCAAUUGCUGCUUCAGAUUAA